AUGAUUAGAAACAUUCCUUUGUUGAUUCGAGAAUGGAGGCCAGGGUUUAAGAUCAAGGAUGAACUACUGCGAACCCUACCUAUUUGGGUGAAACUUCCCCAACUCCCGAUCAUAUUGUGGGGUGAUACGAGCUUGAAUAAGAUUGGGAGUGCCCUGGGUAAUCCCAUUAUGACAGAUGAGUGUACUGCAAAUAGACUGCGAGUGUCCUAUGCGCGUAUCCUUGUUGAAAUGGAUAUUACAAAUGAGCUUCCUCAAACAAUUACCAUUGCUGAUAAUGAAGGAGAAAAGAUUCAACAAGCAAUUGAGUAUGAAUGGAGACCUCUAUUUUGCAAUAAGUGUCAAAAGGUAGGUCAUAGCUGUGAUAAGCCUAAGGUGAGGAAACAAUGGAAACCAAAGCAAGUGAAACAAUCUGUGGCUAAUGUGGAAUUUAAGAAGGAAGAGGUUGAUGAUAGAUGGUCUAAUGCAGUGGGAAAUGAUAAUAAUGUUAAAGUAAAGACCAGUAUGGAUAUUGCAAGUACUUCUGCUGAGACUCCUUCUCCAGUGGCUGAGGAUAUCAGAAACAAGGAUGUUGAAGCAGUUGUGGAAAAAUGGAUUGAGGUAAUUAGAAGUGGUAGAGAAAGAGGAAAAAAGAAAGUUAAUGAUAGUUCUACAGGUUCAGUCUUAUGUGAUAAUGGGUUUGAUGCUCUAGAGAUUUUGAAGGAUCUCAUAGAGUUUCAAAACACUGGUCAAUGA